CCAGCAUCACCCAGCCGCGGGGCUUGCACAACGCGGGGUGUGGUGCUCGGCUCCCAGCUCAGCUCCCUUCCUGCCCCACUGCAGACACAUGGACAGGAGCUGCAGCAGGCUGAGCCACAGGACACAUAGAACCAAGGUGCCACGCCACAUAGAACCAAGCAGUGAGGGGAUCCCGAGCACUGCGCUGUGAUUGUGCUGCCAGCCAUGUCCCAAACUGGGAUCUUCCCACCCCGCAGCCCUCGGUGAGCAGGGACGGAACUGGAGCCUCUUGCAGGUGUCUGAUUCGGACUGCAGCUAUCACCACUCAUCAUGGAUUGGAAGACACUGCAGGGGCUGCUCAGUGGGGUCAACAAAUACUCCACAGCCUUCGGUCGUAUCUGGCUCUCCGUGGUCUUCGUCUUCCGUGUCCUGGUCUACGUGGUGGCAGCCGAGCGCGUCUGGGGGGAUGAGCAGAAGGACUUUGACUGCAAUACACGCCAGCCAGGCUGCACCAACGUCUGCUACGACCACUUCUUCCCCAUCUCCCACAUCCGCCUCUGGGCUCUGCAGCUCAUCUUUGUCACUUGUCCCUCCCUGCUGGUCAUCAUGCACGUGGCCUACCGGGAGGACCGCGAGAAAAAGAACAGGGAGAAGAACGGGGAGAACUGCCCCAAGCUGUACAGCAACACAGGCAAGAAGCACGGUGGGCUGUGGUGGACUUACCUGCUCAGCCUCUUCUUCAAGCUCAUCAUAGAGAUCCUGUUCCUCUACCUCCUCCACAAGAUGUGGGACAGCUUCGAUUUGCCACGGCUGGUCCAGUGCACCAACGUGGAGCCCUGUCCCAACACUGUGGACUGCUACAUCGCUCGGCCAACCGAGAAGAGAGUCUUCACUUAUUUCAUGGUCGGGGCUUCUUCCAUCUGCAUCGUCCUCACUGUCUGUGAGAUCUUCUACCUCAUCUUCAAGCGCGUUGUCCGGAGCACACGCAAGUGGAAGAAGUCCAUCAAGCGCUCUAUGAGCUACAGCAAAGCCUCCACCUGCCAGUGCCACCUCAAGGCGGAGGAGAGGGAGAACAAGGCCCUGAAUAGAGGAGAGGAGCUGUAACCUCCCCUGCUCCAGCCAGCUUGCCUUCCCUUCGGACCAUGAGCUUUUCAAGCCUACAAAGUUCCCAAACUCUGGAUAUUUGACCUCUGUGAAAAAUUAUUAAACCCAACAAAGUCCCCUGAGAGAAGAUUAUGGGGUGACUGAAAAGACACAGGUAAGGGAAGGGCAGCCCCUGAGCUCUGCUGGCUGCACCCAGUGGUGCUUGGACAUCAUGCUGACACAUGGACACCAAUCACAAGCUCUGCUAAGCAGCCACCAAGCUGCCUCCAGUGGGGACAAAGCCAUUGUGCUGGGAGGGCACACAGGACUGGGACCAGCAGGAGGGAGCAGCCAAAGGCUCCAACAGCUCCUCUUGAGUUUCCUGUGCUGCUGCUCCUAUGCUGGGUACAAAUGCACUGAGUAGUGCCCAGCCCAGGCUGCUGGUGCCCAUCAUAUGGUGCUGCUGCCUUGGCCCAGGACAGGCAGGAACAGUUUCUCUCUCUCUGCUCACGCAAGCACCUCGCUGACGUCCUGCCCAAGUGGCUUUUCUGGCUCUGCUGCUUCCCUCUGCACCCACCCCUUGCCUCA